GCACCACUAUUACAUAACGUUACACUGGAAGUUGAGUUCAGUUGGCUGCGCAUGCAAAGAAACUUUUUAACAAACAGAAGCAGACUGACUAAACAUGGCAGAAGUGAAAGCAAGCAAUAUCUUGAUCACAGGAGCCAACCGGGGCUUGGGCUUAGAAAUGGUGAAGCAGCUUUCUGAGAAUUCUUGUCCAAAUCAGCAUGUUUUUGCUACGUGCCGUGACCCAGAGGGACCAAGGUCUGAGGCACUGAGAGAACUGGCAAAAAAGUAUCCAAGUGUAAUCACUAUCAUACGUCUUGACGCUGAUGAUCCAUGCAGUAUCAAGGAGUCUGCCAAAAAAGUGGGUGCUUUACUCGGAGCAAAUGGAUUGAACCUACUGGUGAAUAAUGCUGCAAUCUUGGCACGUGGCAUCAUUAAGACCAGCCAGGCUGAGGACAUGAAAAACUCCUUCAACACCAAUGUCAUAGGACCCUUAUUGAUCAUUCAGGAGUAUCUUCCAUAUCUACAGACAGCAGCCAAAGCAAGUGGGACACCAGGCAUGUCCAGUAAUAAAGCAGCGAUCAUCAACAUUUCCACUCUUGGAGGAUCUAUGACUAAAAUGCCAGCAAUGUUCUCUCAGUUCCCAGUGCUGCCAUAUUGUGUGAGCAAGGCAGGAUUUAACAUGCUGACUGUUUUGGCUGCUGAGGAGGUAAAGGGGGAUGAGAUUCUCUGCAUGGUGCUUCAUCCGGGAUGGGUAAAGACUGAUCUGGGUGGAAAAAAUGCGACACUUGAACCGAAAGAGAGUGUGGAGGGGAUGCUGCGUGUCAUUGGUGGUCUUACCGAGAAGGAGCAUGGUGGAUUUCUGGACUACACUGGAGCAACUCUGCCCUGGUAAACCAGAAGAAGAAAAAAUAUCUCCAACAUGAGAACUCUCAAAAUGGCUGAUCCAGGUCCAAACUGCUCGAUUUAAUUCAUUAGCCAUAAAAACCACAUUAUUAUCUCUUAUUGUAUGUUUAUGACUGACACAUUAUUGAUAUAAAGCCAUAUUUGUACCAGUAAUCACUUAAUGAAGCUAAUCACUUAAUGAACUUAUAAAGCGGUACUGUGUUUUUUAUCGUACAUUGCAGAAACUUCUUUUAUCAAACAUACAUGGGUGGUUCUAGAAAAUUAUUAAUAGGUUGGCAAAGGGGUGACACCAGGACGCUGAGGAGUGGAAAGACUAAACGCCUUAAAUACUGUUAAAGCAAUAUCUUACAUAGAGCAUAAUACACAAUAAUGACACCAAAUGAGCCAUAAUACACAAUAAUGACACCAAAGGAGCAGACUGAAUUAAAUUUAAAAAAAAAAAAAACAUAUAUUAUAAUCCUUCCCAGAGAAGGGUUGCAGCUGGAAGGGCAUCCGCUGCAAAAAAAAGUGUGCUGGAUAAGUUGGCGGUUCAUUCCGCUGUGGCAACCCAAGAUUAAUAAAAGGACUAAGCCUAAAAGAAAAUGAAUGAAUGAAUGAAUGAAUUGUUAUCCAUGAAAUGGAAAGUAUGAAAAAUAUAUUCUAAGAUAAAAUAAGAUUUACAUUUAUAUGGAGCCUAAUUUACUAUUGCUUUGUUAGUAAGUGUAUUGAGAAUGCUUUUGGAAGUACUUGGAGAUCAACAGUAGUGUGGGGAAAAUCCUAAUGGGUGAAUAUUGUUGUUCAUCCACUAGAGGACAGCAUUUACUGUGUGGUGGGUAGGUACCUAUUCAUAUCAUGUGAUUAAAUACUUGAAUUUGGGUUUAAUUUAACAAGUAUUUGUGUCAGGAAAUAUAGUUCUUCUAUAGACUCAUGAACUCUUUUAUUGUAAUUAAUGUUUUUUUGUUUUGUUUUUUUGCUUUAUGAAUGUUAUUACAUGGACAAUAAAUCAACAAACC